UAAUCCAAAUCAAGAGCAUUUCUUCUCAAAAAUUUCUUCAGAAAAAUGUCAGGCAGAGGUAAAGGAGGCAAAGGAUUGGGCAAAGGAGGAGCCAAGAGGCACAGGAAAGUGUUGAGAGAUAAUAUUCAGGGAAUAACAAAGCCAGCUAUUCGAAGACUCGCUCGUAGAGGUGGUGUGAAGCGUAUUUCUGGGUUGAUUUACGAAGAGACUCGUGGGGUUUUGAAGAUCUUUUUGGAAAAUGUGAUUCGUGAUUCUGUAACUUACACAGAACACGCUAGGAGAAAGACGGUUACUGCUAUGGAUGUUGUUUAUGCACUUAAGAGGCAAGGAAGGACCCUUUACGGAUUUGGGGGUAAUUUCAUCAGAAAAAUGUCAGGCAGAGGUAAAGGAGGCAAAGGAUUGGGCAAAGGAGGAGCCAAGAGGCACAGGAAAGUAUUGAGAGACAAUAUCCAGGGAAUUACAAAGCCGGCUAUUCGAAGACUCGCUCGUAGAGGUGGUGUGAAGCGUAUUUCUGGGUUGAUUUACGAAGAGACUCGUGGGGUUCUGAAGAUCUUUUUGGAAAAUGUGAUUCGUGAUUCUGUGACUUACACAGAGCACGCUAGGAGAAAGACGGUUACUGCUAUGGAUGUUGUUUAUGCACUUAAGAGGCAAGGAAGGACCCUUUACGGAUUUGGGGGUUAGGGUUUGGUAGUUUUUUUUUUUUUGAUUUGAGCUUUGAUGGUGUAAUUCUCUGUUACUAAUUCAAGGAAUAGAAAUUUGCUUAUUCUCUCC